AUGUCCUUGGUUUCCCAGCAAUUCUCCACCGACACCAUCUCAUCACUUCCAGCCGCACAAGGCGCCGAAGCCGAACACCUCUCCGUCGAAGCAACACUGAGCAAGCUACUCAGUGUUUCCGCCAGCUCGCCACCUCAUUCUAUGGAUAGAGGUUCCGCCCAGUAUCCGCAGUCAGGUUUGCAUUCACCGUUCAGCGCGUUCACCGACACGUCAUCUGAAGAUUCUCCCGCAGAUCACGCGUCUGCUGCGCAAUACCCUCCCCAACCGGACUUACGGUCCCACAACCCGAACCCGAACCAGAACCAAAACCCGAACCCGAACCAGAAUCACACCCAGAACCACAACCAGAACCACAACCACAACCACUACCCUCACUCGGCCUCCGCGACCCCGACCUCCGAGUACGGCGUCUAUCCUGCCUCGGCGCGCUCGGGUUCCUUCCCCGGCCACAUACAACGCCCGUAUCAUUCGUCCAGCAGCCACAGCAGCGGCAGCAGUGGAGGAAGUAUGGCUCAAUCAACUAGUCCGUCCUUGCCUCUACAAGAUGGUCGCCCAAAUCAUCAAAGCUCCCAAAUCAAAUCUGACCAGGAUGUUCCUAUAGAUCCAUCCAUUGCUGCCUCCAGCCCGACCUACCCUCCACACAGCGGCCAGUACUCUCCCUACCACCCGCAGCAAGACAUGCAACACGGUUACGCCAACCCCCCUCCCACCGGCGCCAUGUAUGCUCAACCACGACCGGACUGGGCUGGCUACGCCGGCGGCCAACAUCCAAUGCACGGAGGGUACCCAGUCAGCGGGGCUCAAACACCAACCUCCGCCGCACCAUCGGGUGCGCGUCCUGGACAGGUCUACUCCUUCGUCCCCAUCCCCGGCGCCCAACAACACAAGCGUCCUCGUAGAAGAUAUGAGGAGAUUGAGCGUAUGUACAAGUGCGGCUGGAACGGCUGUGAGAAGGCUUACGGUACCUUGAACCACCUGAACGCCCACGUCACUAUGCAAUCGCACGGCCAAAAGCGCACCCCCGAAGAAUUCAAGGAGAUCCGCAAAGAGUGGAAGGCCCGCAAGAAGGAAGAGGAGACUCAACGCAAGCAAGAGGAUGAUCGUGCUCGUGCUGCUGUCGCACCGUCUGACCAAGGUUCCGACGCCGCUCCUGCGGGCUAUCAACAACCUGGCCGAUCUGUCCAACUUCCUCCCAUCGGCUACCAACCUGGUGCCCCAGUGCCUGGCCCUUACCCUCCCGCCGGCGGUGUUCAACAACUGCAGGAGUACGGUACCAACCACCUCCAGUAUUCUGGCUACCCAGCAUCGCCCUAUGGUGCCCCAAACCAGAUGUAUAACAACCAACAUCUCGGUGCUCUUCCCGCCCCGUCCAUUGGCGUCCUCGCGGAAAUGUUCAUCACUUUCGAUCAGACGUAUGCCUUUGCGGAGGAUACAAUCGUCACUUCAUAUUGCCUUUCAAGAACGCUUUAUAAGGAUUUGCUUGGUCUGAUAAACUUCUCUCUUGCCUUCUCGUCCAAGGCUUGGUCAAUCUGGGAGGGGGAUGGUCGGUUGCAUUUUGUGGUUUUUUCUUUUGGCGGCGUCAUCCAGGGCUUUCGAGAUCAGGUGUCGGAAGAUUGGCAGGCUGCUGGGUUUCGCCGGCAGCAAGGUCCAAUCGCCUUUCAAAUUUUCUCUAUCCCUGAGUUUUUUUUUCCUUCGAAAAAUCUCUGGCUGCAUACACGGGAGUCACAUUCCUCAUGGAGUGAAUGGGUUGUGGGUUUUGCUUGUUUUGCGGGCUUCUCCAUGCAUGCGAGGAACCAUACACCAGAAGUCAUUGCAGAAGGGGUUGCAGAAGACUUUGGAACAAUAAUUGAAUCAUUAAAAUGA